UGUAAACAUCCGGUGCUAUGCAGACGUCAAAAUGUUUAAAAGAUACAAGCAUAUCAAACCGGAUACUAGAAAGAAGACAUGUAAUCCAACUGCCAGCACCAAAUUGGCAAAGAAGGGAGCAGGAGCAGAUGGAAAGCUAGAGACAGUUGCAGCCGACACUAAGAAACUGCCCACUAAGGGAGCAGGCUUAGAAGAAAAAACAGUUACAUUUGCAGCAGACGUCGCGGAACUGCCAACCAAGGACUUGGACAUACAGCCAAAAGUACUUAGCGCUGGGAAGAAAAAAGCUCAUAAGCAGGUGAAAAAGGAGAAAUCAAAUAGUGCAAGUGUUGAAACAAAAUCUAAACAUAAGAAGAAACAUAAAAUCUCGAAACUUGAAAAAAGAACGCUCUUUUCAUUAAUUUUAGCAGAUGUGAACUGGAGUUCUAUACAGAAACAGAUGAGAGAACAAGAUUUCCCAGAAAGAGAAACGACUGAAUAUGAACAUAAGCUAAAAAAAUAUUUACAUAUAAAAUAAAAUGAAAACACACAAUA